AUGGCCCCGCAGAGCGACCGCUCGCCGGACGAAGGGCAGCCGUAUUUCGGCGGUGCCGAGGACCCCCCCUCGGCGGCCGGCGGGGCCUCCGGGGGCAGCAGGGGCGCCUCGCCCGCCCGCACCGCCCUGGCCCCGCGGGACACGGCGGCCCGCAGGAAGGCGAAGGCGCGGCGGGGCCGCGGCAAGGCGCGGAACGAGGGCUUGCUCAGCAAGCAGAAGAGGAGCCGGCGCAUGAAGGCAAACGACCGGGAGAGAAACCGCAUGCACCACCUCAACUCCGCCCUGGACGCUCUCCGCAGCGUCCUGCCCACCUUCCCCGACGACGCCAAGCUCACCAAGAUCGAGACGCUCCGCUUCGCCCACAACUACAUCUGGGCGCUCACACAGAGCCUCCGCCUGGCCGAGCAGAACCUGCCCGAGCCCCCCGCGCCGCCGCCACCCCCCGCGGCCGCCGCUUCCCCCGGGCCCUGGGACUCGCCCUGCCCUGCGGCCCCGCCGCCCGUCGCCCUGCGCCGCGGCCCCGCCGCCUUCCCCGCCUUCCUCUGA